GGAGACCCCAUCCUGUUUUGUUGAUUUUUCUCUGACAGACAGUGAUACUCUUUUGCCAAUAAUAAAAGGUCUCUUUACAAUGGGUGCUUGUAACGAAUGCUUGUUUGGAGCAAGGGAGGAUUAUGAAGACGUCGAUCCGGAAACAAAACGGAGGCAACAAGCGGAAGCAGCUGAAAAAAGAUUUACUCAGCAAGAGAGCAGAGGACUAAAGGACCCAGAAGGAGUGAAGAGGAAAUUACAGCAGAAAGAAGAAGCUGAAAGGAAAGCAGCCAGAGUUGAGGAUACAGGGGGGCAAGGAGGGUUAAAGUGGCAAGUUUCAUCGUAGCAGAACUUCAACCUACCCUGAAUUCUAACUGCUCGCGGAAGCCAUUCACAAAGCAAGCUGCAAAUACAAGCUGGUAUGGUAAUAUUGCUAAAGGAAUAAAAAGACAUGCAUCGCAAUGGAGCUACUCGUGCACUCGUCUAUGAAUGAUCUCCGGGAAAAUUCCAUGUUUCAGGAUGAACUAUUAAGGUGGUGAUAUUUUCUGAGCAAAUAUACAUACAUGUACAUGUUCUGCCAUGGAAUCUCAAACAUGAUUGGCAUACAUGAAUGCGUUUCUACCUAGUCAUAGUGUCACACAAUACAUGUAUUCAUUUCAAUAACCUAUUAUCAACAAUGUAAGAUGUCGAUAAGUACUGAUAAUUAGGCCAUGUAAUGAGAUAUUGAAUAAGAAGCUAUGGAAAAAAAAAUCAGAAUUACUUUUACAUGUAUUUGUUCGCAUGCUCAUUAUUGGCAUUGUUCAC